GCGACCGUGACAGGACCGCAUCAAAAUAUACGGUCUGGAAUUAUAUAUCUACCGAAAUUCAUCAUUGGAAGAAGCAAGUCGACGAUUAUAUCCACCUGGUCAUCAACAAGAACAAUAUAGUUGUCGUGUUGCUGCCUGUAUCUAUUGCUGUUCGACAGCUGAUUAUAUUGCUAUUGCUGUUAUCAUCACAGCCAUCUGCCUGCACCUGGAUAUCGCCUGACGAGGAGCGUGAGCUUACCCAUUUAUUAUAUUUAUAACUUUUUUCUAACAUUUAACAAAUUCAAUUUGCAAUCAGUGAAGGCUUCUUGUAAUUCAUUUGUAAGUUUCCUAUCUUCACGAUAAGUCCUUUACGGAGUUAUCAGAAGUAUUAGGAUAGUAAUAAGGUUAAUAUAUUACGUAGUUUGUUAUUUUAUUAUUAUUUUUUUUACACACUGCUUUGGGUUUAUUAUAUUACACAUAUAUUAAUAAUAGAAAAUUAACUAAAAUAAUAAUCAAUAGCAUUUUCUGUUUUUAUGUAAAUUGCAUGGAGUCUACCUACAUGUAAUUUAUAUAAAUAUAUUUUUGUACAAACAUAUACAUUGUAAAAACUUAAUUUAACCCUUUGUCUCAGGUAUAUAAUUGCGUAGAAUAUUAACUAAAUUUAUUUAACUAAUUUUUAAUAAACAAAAUGACUGAUCCACGAGCUUCAUCUACAAGUAUGUACAAAAAUACUGAUUAUAAAGAUCUAAGUAUUAAACGCAGUUCUAUUAAAGGACAAAUUACUAAAUUUAAGAAUUAUUUAGAUAAGAUUACAAGACAGCCUAAACUGACGAAUAUUGAAAUAACCGAGUUAUCAUUAAAAAUUACUAAAUUUGAAAGCCUCUCAGCUAGAUAUGAUGAAUUGCAAACUCAAAUAGAAUUGGUAAAUAAUGAACAUUUAGAAUCUGAAAUUGAUGAGCGUGAACGCAUUGAGCAUGAGUUCAUAUCAUGUUUAGCUACAGCAAAAAAUGUUGUCGACGAGCAAAAUCAAAUAAAAAGUGUAGAACAUGAUAAGACACGACGCGAAUCUCUUUUUCAAGAAGCUCAAUGCAGUCUCGAUCAUAAUGAGUGUCGUGUUAAAUUACCUCAAAUCAAUAUUGAAAGGUACAACGGAUCGGUUUUUCGUUGGCUUGAGUUCAGAGACACAUAUACUAGCUUAAUUCAUAAUAAUGAGCACAUCCCACCAAUACAAAAAUUUCACUACUUAAUUUCAUAUCUAGAAGGUGAUGCUGCUCGUGUUAUUUCUAAUAUUGAAGUGUCAUCGUCUAACUAUAACAGUGCAUGGCAAUUACUUUAUGAUCGUUAUAACAACAAGCGUCUACUCAUAAAUCACCAUUUAAAAUCUUUAUUUAAUGUCCAACAAGCCACUCGCGAAACUGAAGAUUCUUUGCGCUAUUUAGUUGACCACAUAACCAAAAAUCUACGUGCUCUCUCUAGCUUAGGUCAACCAACAGACCAUUGGGAUACCAUUAUUAUUUUUAUUAUUACAUCUAAGCUUGAUAAUCGUACACUUCUGAAGUGGGAAGAGCAACGUAAUAUUAUAGAUGAAUUACCAAAUUUAGAACAAUUCAAGAAAUUUUUAAUUGAUCGAGCAUUUGUUCUCGAAUCUAUGCGUCGCAAUAGAUCUGACACUAAUAAUUUAUUAUCAGGUAAUUCAUCAACUUAUAAGCAUAAUAAUAAUAAACACGCAAUCAAUACAAAGUCAUUUGCUACUACUAGUCAAAAUAAAGUAUGGCUAUGUAUUAUUUGUAAUCAGAAUCACAAAAUUUAUGACUGUCCAAUUUUUAAGUCUAAAUCCAUUAAAGAUAAGUUAAUUGAAGUUUCUAAAUAUAAAUUAUGUCCUAAUUGUUUACGGCAAGGUCACCCUGUUAAUGAAUGUCGCAUGGGUCCCUGUAAGCAAUGCAAAAAACCUCACAAUACUUUAUUGCAUUCAAUUGACAAUACAAAAGUCAAUAAUGCGCAAAUACGUGAAGAAAAUUCAAUGGUUAAUUUCUCUAAAGAAGUUAAUCGACAAGUUCUUUUAUCGACUGCUCUAAUUGAAGUUUUGAAUCCAAUAACCAAAGAGGCAACCAAAGUGCGUGCCUUAUUGGAUUCAGGCAGUCAAUCAUCAUUUAUUACAAAAAAACUACAUAAAAAAUUAUCACUAAAUUCAACUCCUAUUUCCAUGAAUGUUAUUGGCAUUGGCCAUAAUGCUACCAAUAAUAUAACUGAAAGUUCUAUGGUACAAAUACAAUCUCUAAAUAAUAAAAGUAAAUUUAAAUUAAAUUGCUUCGUUCUUGAUAGACUUACAGGAAGUUUACCACAAUUUUGUGUAAAUUUAAAUUUACCCAAACAGAUUAUGUUAGCGGACCCAACAUUUGACCAACCAGGUCCUAUCGAUAUGUUGAUAGGUGCUGACCUCUUUUGGGACAUUAUACUAUCUGAGCAGACUUCCUUAGGUCCAAACAAACCAAAACUUCGUAAUUCUGUAUUUGGCUGGCUGAUCGGCGGUCCCAUAAAUACAUGUAAAAAUAAUGAUAUUCAUUGUAAUAAUAUAAUUGUCAAUGCACCUUUAUCUAAAGAAUCGAAUGUUGACGCCCUUCUUACUAAAUUCUGGGAACUAGAAGAGCUUCCUCAAAAAACUAUUUUAAAUCCAAUAGAAUUAGCUUGCGAAAAUCACUUUCGUACACAUGCACAUCGUCUUGAAACAGGUAGGUUUUCCGUAAGUUUGCCACUUCGAGACUCACCAAAUUGCUUGGGUGAUUCUUAUACUCUUGCUAAAAAACGUUUCACUAAUCUUGAGAAGCGUUUUCGAAAGAAUCAUACAUUGAAAAUGGAAUAUAUUAAAUUCAUGACCGAGUAUGAAAAUUUGGGUCACCUUUCAGAAUCUCCUAUUAGAUUGCCAAAUCCAUCAUACUUUUUAUGUCAUCAUGCGAUUUUUAAAAUAGAAAGUGAAUCGACUAAAAUAAGAGUUGUUUUUGAUGGUUCCGCACCUUCGUCCUCUGGUUUCUCAGUUAACGAUUUGCAGAUGAUUGGCCCAAAUGUACAGGAUUCUCUCUUCUCCAUUUUAAUUCGUGCCCGACAAUAUAAAUAUCUACUUACCGGGGAUGUAGAAAAAAUGUAUCGACAGGUUGAAGUCAAUCCGGAUGACAGAAACCUGCAGUUGAUAUUAUGGAGAGAAGACGAGUCUUUACCUAUCAAAACAAUGCAACUAAAUACUGUCACUUACGGUACAGCAAGUGCCAGUUAUUUAAGCACGCGAUGCUUGUGGCAAGUUGGUGAUGAGUGUACUGAUGAAUUAAUAAAAACUAUUAUUCAAAAGGACUUUUAUGUAGACGAUCUAAUUACGGGUUCAAAUGACGAGAUGGAAUUACAAUACAUCCAAAAUUCAGUGGCUACAGAAUUGAAUAAAGGAUGUUUUAAUUUACGUAAAUACAAAUCUAAUUUACCCAAUAUUAUUCAAAAUUCUUCCAACAUUGCUUCUCAGGGUAACCUGAUUAUUAGUGAAUCCUCAAGUACUCUUGGUCUAGGGUGGAAUCCUAAUAGCGAUACAUUACAUUUUCCUAUAAAUAUACCAAUUCCAAGCGAAACCAUAACAAAAAGAUUUAUUAUGUCUAAUGCUUUUAAGAUUUUCGAUCCUUUGGGUCUGUUGAGUCCUUGUAUAAUGCAGCCAAAACUUAUGCUUCAAAAGCUAUGGCAGCUUAAAGUUGGUUGGGACGAACCCGUACCUGACAACAUUGAGCAAGCGUGGCAGGAUUUUGCCAAUGGAUUACCAGUUCUGUCCAAUUUACAAAUUCCUAGAUUCGUUGCAUGUGUUUCGCCAAAAUUCAUAGAAAUUCACUCUUUCAGUGAUGCGUCCCAAGUAGGUUACGGUGCAUGUGUAUACGUGAAAACUAUAGAUAUCAACGGUGAAAUUUUAGUUAAGUUACUUUGUUCAAAAUCAAAAGUAGCUCCACUAAAACCUACUUCAAUACCUCGCUUGGAGCUUUGUGCGGCACUUCUUGCUGCUCGACUAUCCAAAGCAGUAAUAGAGUCAAUAAGGUAUGUUCCUGACCGCAUAAUCCAUUGGUGCGAUUCCAGCAUCGUAUUGGGAUGGUUAAAAGGAGAUAUAUCUAAAUUAAAAACAUUUGUGGCUAAUAGAAUAGGUGAAAUCCAAGAAAACACGCAGUCGUCUUCCUGGCGUUAUGUUCCCACUGCAGAGAAUCCUGCCGAUUUAAUUUCACGUGGUGUAAGUGCCGAUCAGCUGUGUCAUACAGACAUGUGGUGGGAAGGGCCCAAAUUUCUGCAAAAGAAAGAAGACGAAUGGCCAGUUUUAAAACAUGAUAAUUUUAAUAAUUUACCUGAGCUUAAAGUGGUUGCUACGUCCGUCAUUGUAAACAAAUCAAUAAUAGAAAUGGAACGGUUUUCAAAUCUUAAUAGACUGCAAAGAUCGGUCGCUUAUGUCAAUCGCUUUAUAUACAAUAUAAAAAACCCCAAUAUCAAAAUAUCAGGCCCAUUAACUGUUGAAGAGUUGAACAAAUCUUUUAACUUUUUAUGCACUAUAUCCCAACAAGAAAGUUUUCCCAUUGAACUUAAAGCGUUAUCAAAUGAAAAAUUUUUGAAUACGAAAUCAAAAAUAUUAUCAUUGUCACCGUUUCUUGAUAACGAUAACUUAAUACGAGUGGGUGGGCGUAUAGACGCUUCAACCUAUCCAUAUAAUAAAAGACAUCCAGUUUUAUUAGAUUCGUCUCAUUAUUUAUGCAAAUUGAUAUUUAGAGCAGAGCACAUUCGCAACAUGCACGCUGGCCCACAACUGCUUCUAGCCACAGUCAGACAAACUGUUUGGCCCAUUAAGGGUAGGUUAUUAGCACGAGCAACUGUACGUAAAUGUGUACGUUGCCGACGAGUUUUAGGAAAGACGUUAUUGCCAAAAAUGGGUGAUCUACCCUCACAAAGAAUUACGCCAGAUUUUCCUUUUACAUCUGUUGGUAUUGACAUGGCUGGACCCUUUAUUACAUUAAAUCGAAAGGGACGAGGAGCUAAAUUAUCUAAGUCUUAUUUAUGUUUAUUUGUAUGUCUACGGUACAAAUGCGUUCAUUUGGAGGCUGUAAGCGACCUCACUAAGGAUGCUUUUAUUAUGACCUUACGUCGGUUUAUAUGUCGUCGCGGCAAGCCAGCGGAAAUAUUUUCCGAUAACGGUCGUAACUUUGUUGGAGCCGCUAAAGAACUUAAUGGUUUUCUAAAGACUAAUAAUGAAACAUUAUCUGAGUUUGCAGUUCAGGAAGGCAUUAAAUUUAUUUUUACUCCUUCUUACGCUCCUCAUUUUGGUGGUAUUUGGGAAGCAGGAAUCAAAUCUUCCAAACACCUUAUACGUCGUGUAAUGGGCAAUUCUCAUUUAACCUUCGAGGAACUUUCGACUCUUUUUGCACAAGUGGAAUCUAUAUUGAAUAGUCGUCCAUUGUGUCCCUUAUCCUCUUCCCCAGACGACUUCCUAUUCCUUUCCCCAGGGCACUUUCUGAUUGGAAAACCGCUGAAUGCUUUGCCAUCCCCUUGUCUAGAAGACUAUAAGGCAAGUUGCUUGCGUCGCCAUGCACGUCUUGAGCAAAUAAGACAGCAUUUUUGGCGAAGAUGGCAACAAGAAUACAUCUCUGAAUUACAAGUACGGACCAAAUGGAAACUUGAUACAGCCAAAGUAAAGAUUGGAGAUUUGGUCUUGCUGCGUGAAGAUACUCUUCCUCCGUUAUGCUGGCGUACUGGUCGAGUAACAAAAUUAUAUCCAGGACCUGAUGGAAUCUCUCGUGUCGCAGAUGUAAAUACAAAGACAGGAUGUUACCGGCGACCUCUUGUUCGCCUCUGCCCUCUUCUUGCUGAUGAAGACUAUUAACGAUGGAGAUGGUUGAAGAGCGAGUCUUCAACGGGGGGAGUUUAUGUUAAUGACAAUUUCGUAAUUGCGUGCUCGGCCUGUUCGAGCAGGCGUUUCCUUUUUUAUUAUUGUCCUACCGUCCACUGUUGUAUUUCUGGCACGGGGCCAUCUUGUUUUCACUUGGAUAGUUGUAACACCAUUCAGAACAUUAUUGUUAACAUUUAUUUCUAAUAAAACGCAUUUUGAUCAACCAGAGUUUAUUCUAAAAUAAAUUUCAUUGUGUCCAC